UAUGUUCUGUUUACAAACACUGGUCAACAAAAUACAACAAAAAGUCAAAAAAUGUGCGGAAUAUUUUGCUUCAUUUCCAAAGCGGAUUUCACCGGAGCCUACGAGGAGAUCCUGUCCCAAUGCCAGUGCCACCUGCAGAACCGCGGUCCCGACGAGACCGGCCAGCUCAAGUUCGAUUCCCGGGUGCUUCUGCUUGGAACGGUCCUCUGGCAACAGGGCGCGACUCCAUGCCGUCAACCCGUCGAAGAUGACCGGUUCGCACUUCUCUUCAACGGGGAUCUCUUCAUGGAGCGCGAUGGACCAUCCGAGGACAGCGAUACCCGGUGGUUGUUCCAACAGAUUGUGGCCACGAGGGGUGAGGCUAAGGAGUUGCGGGAGCUCUUUGGGGUGUUAAAGGGGCCGUUUAGUUUGGUGCUGCUGGAUAAGGUCCGCCGGAGGGUUUACUUUGGACGGGAUUGCUUCGGGAGGAACUCGUUACUGGUGGCUGUUUCGGAUGAUGGAAUCGUGGUGAGCAGUGUCCUUGGUAACAAGGUUCAGCAGAAAACAGUAGAACUACCCCCAAACGGAAUCUAUUACGUGGACUUGAGUGAAGACAAUCUAGAUCUUCACAUUUUUCCGUGGAACACCAAAACGGAAGAAUCGGAAUCAGCUCUAAAUGUAACGUUCGAAGAUCCAAUUGAACUUCCAUGGUUGCAUUCAGUAAACAGCGAGAUCAGCUUCAACUACCACGACCUUCUGAGAGGUUCCAACGUAGAACCUGAACAAGUCUUCAACUUUCUGUUAAGCAAUCCAGCAGUCUCCAACCUUUGCCACGACCUCAUCCGACUGCUUGAACAAUCCGUACGUGAACGGGUCGUCAACACACCAUUAUUCUGUCGAAAAUGCCUUCCCUUACGAGAACCUUGUCCACACCCACGACUCGGAAUCCUCUUCUCCGGUGGCAUUGACUGCACGAUCAUCGCCCUUCUAGCCGAUCGCUUCGUCCCGGAAUCAACUCCAAUCGAUCUGCUCAACGUGGCCUUUGAGAAAAUCGUUCGUCCAAACGGGAAGAAACAUCCGUCCACCGUUCCUCCACCCAUCGACUGGAACGUCCCGGAUCGAGUGACGGGAAGAUCCACACUUCAGGAACUCCAGCGAUUACGCCCCAAUCGACGCUGGAACUUUGUCGAAAUCAACAUAACGCGCCAGGAGUUGAACGACCACAAGCGCCGCAUCUCCGACCUGGUCUUCCCGCUCAAGUCCGUGCUGGACGAGUCGAUCGGGGCCGCGCUGUGGUUCGCGUCGCGCGGUCACGGAACAACUGAUGAAGCUGUCGGAUAUCGGUGUGACGCUCGGGUUCUUCUGCUGGGAUCCGGUGCGGACGAACUGUUUGGCGGAUAUUCCCGGCAUCGGGUUGCUUUCUAUCGGGACGUGCGGUCAAAAGAUGGUCCAAGUGACGCGGAAGUUGAGCAGGGUUUCCGGAGUUUGGCGGCGGAGUUGGAGCUCGACUGGAAUCGAUUGCCAAGUAGGAAUUUGGCACGGGAUGAUCGGGUAAUCGGCGAUCAUGGAAUCACGCCGCGGACGCCCUAUCUUCAGGAGGACUUUGUAGCGUUGGUUCAUGGUUUGGGAGCUUCCCAGAGGUGUUACUAUCCGCUCGGGGCUGGAGUCGGGGACAAGCUCACGUUACGCCUGUGCGGAUAUCGGCUGGGAUUGCGAGAAUCAACCUGUUUGCGGAAACGAGCGCUGCAGUUUGGCUCGAGGAUCGCCGACCGGAAACAGAAUGCGGCCGACGAGUCAACGUUUCUUGCGGAAGGUUAGUUAUGUCACAGAUAAAUCCGGAAUGGCGUAGAGACUUCAAGGACGUGAUAUGCAGUCAUUCAGUUCGGCAUUUAAAGCACAAGUUUUAAUAAAGAAAGUUUAAAAGUUACCUUA